UCUCGUUUUCGGUAACGUUUUAGUUGCUAUGGUAAUCUUGGGCCGGAAACGGAAGCAGCUGUUGCUAGGAAAUGCAGGAGUUGCGUGUUGACAGCCUGGAAGAAGUUGUAUGAGGUACGUUAUUGCUAAUUCGGAGGUUGUUGGAUAAAACACACACGCAAAAAGAAAUCAACUAUCUAUAAUUGAGACGUAAAGGAAGAAUAUAUACGUAUGUUGUGGUGAGAACGGAUGGCUUAAAAGACGUUCUACGAUACAUGCAGCACGGUGAUCUUCAUUACUGGGAUUUAGGCGGUGUGCAAACAAUUUGGAAACUGCAAAGGUUAAAAUCAUGACAGAAGGAGUUUCUUCAAAUACUGGACCUAUUCCUCCAGAUUCGAGAGGAUUCUCAGACUCUUACAAAUAUCCCACAGCAGCCUGUGGAAGUCAAGAUGGCAGUAGCCUUAAGUUAAAUUUUUUACCCGGUCCAUUAGCCCCGGAUCCCACUUUAUACCCAGCUUAUUACAGUGCCUGUCCAACGAAUCCUGCUCCAAGAGUUCGUCCUAAUGCACGUGACAUCUUUGAAAGAGGCAAAAGUGGGACCGUUGGUAUCCUCCUGCGGUUUGAAGGGCUCUCGCUUCAUCCUGAGUCACCAUCUAAAAAAAAGGUCAAGGACCACGAGAAAGAGAAUAUCAGAAGGUUAAGAGAAAUCCAGAAAAGAUGCAGAGAGAAAGAAAUGGAGAAAGAACAAUUGGGUCCUAAGCCUGUUAAAGCACUUUGGAAAUCACACAAAUAUGAGAAUGUGGAAUCCAAACUUAAUAAACAGCUUCAGGAGAAUGUAAUAAUUUCCAAGCCAGAAGCGCAGAAAUUUUUAAAGGCUCACUCUCGCUGUGGUUCAAGAAUGCAUUUUAAACGAUCACUGUCACAAGAUCCUGACGGUUCAAAAUCUACAGUUGACACAGAAGAGCAAAACUGCAAGGUGAAAGACUUUAUUGCUCUCAAUGCAAGAAAUGCAAAAUGCACCCAUAUAAGACGUUCCCGGUCCCUGCAGAAUCUUAAUGAGGUGUUAGAACAGAAACAACUGAAGCAGAAAGAGUAUGACUCCAAACAGAAAGGGCAUGUUCCUCAGUAUCUUUUGGAUCUCAAGGAGAAGUGGUGCAUGGAAAAAGAGAAGGAUAAGAAACAGACUUCCGAUCAAUUACUACCCCCUGGGCACACUAUUAUGCCAGAGGCUGAAAGACUGAAAACUCUUAAUAAUAUAAGAGGGGCCCAGACUCAGCUGACAAAAGAGUUACUGGGGUUACCGCUCCGAGCAAACACACUCAGCAUUCAAAACAGACGAACGGAGCUGGAGAAAAAACUCUCAGAAAUGGAUGAAGCUGUUAAAAUAUUUUCUCACCCCAAAGUCUUCAUAAAAAUAGAUUCAUGAACUUAAAUGUAUUCCUAUUGUUCUGUUUGAAGCAGUUAUUUUCACAUUUAUCCCCAUCAUAAUUAGAACUGGAAAAAAUAGUCAGGGAGGUGAAGAUGCGUCUGAUAUUCAUUAUACAAAUCUAAACACUUUACAGCAAUAGUUUAAGACCUUUGUGUCAGUUACACUUGGAUCUUCAAUAUGCUUGCCAGCUGAUAUGUAUCUGUAUUUAUGUGCUUGUAUCCUCUGCAAACACAAUCAAAUAUUGAACUGAUUUGCAAAUUAUUAUUAUGUUGUACUCCUGUUGAUAUAAACUUUAAGUAUCUUUUAUUUGCAUAAUGAUUGUACAAUGGA